AUGGCUGACUUGCCUACAAUUCGCAUUGGCUAUGUGCCCGAGCAUUACCUGACCCCUCUCCACCUCGCCCUCCGCUCCCCGGCCGUUUCCUCCUUCCCAUUCAAGAUUGCCCUAACUCCAUUUCCAUCCGGAACAGGGCACAUGAUCACAUCGCUACGCGGCAACGAGAUCGAUAUCGCAAUCGGUCUAACCGAAGGAUGGGUCGCAGGCCUAGCAGGGAAACAGCAGACAAGCCAGAACUCCACGGACGGAGGAUACAAGGUCGUCGGCCACUGGGUGGACAACCCACUCCGUUGGGCCAUCGUCACCGGCCGCAAUCGCGAUGAAAUCAACGGCGUAUCUGAUCUAAAAGGCCAAAGAGUUGGAGUCAGCCGGCUGGGCAGCGGCUCGCACAUCAUGUCCUUCGUCCUUGCCCAGCAACAAGGCUGGAACGCAGACUCCCUAACCACCGUUCCCCUGGGACCCUUUGGGCCCCUACGAGACGGCGUCUCCGGGCUCGAUGCCGCAAAGCCCGAGCAGGCUGCUAACCCAUCAGCUGAGUUCUUCAUGUGGGAGGAGUUUACUACGAAGCCGUAUUUCCACCCCACGGCUGAGAAGCCAAGUCCGCCGCUUAAGAAAAUCGGUGAGAUCUUCACGCCCUGGCCUUCGUGGCUGAUUGUUGCUUCGACGGCGAUGUUCCCAGACCCUGAGCAUGACUCGCGUCUGGAUAGUCUCUUCCGGGCUUUCGAUCAGGGUAUCAAGGACUUCAAUGCCGAUACUAAGCGUGUGGUUGGGCUUCUUGGCACUGGUGAACUCGGCUGCAAUUAUAUUGAGGAGGAUGCGACGGAGUGGCUCAAGGAUGUUAAGUUUACGGAUGCUACCCGUGGAGUCGAUGAGGGCAUUAUUGGGGGCGUUGUUGAUGUGCUUAAGGUUGCCGGUGUUAUUGAUGAGGGUUUAAGUAAUGAUGAGGCUGUGGGACGGGUUAUUGGGAUUAAGAGGUAG